AUGACAGGAAAAUUGCACAAGCUCGAGUUGGAGAACUUCAAAUCUUACCAGGGCGUGCAUGUGAUCGGCCCGUUUUCAAACUUUACCUCCAUCAUUGGUCCUAAUGGAGCAGUAGGAAAGUCGAAUAUUAUGGAUGCCAUUUCCUUUGUACUUGGGCUGCAGUCUCAUUUGCUGAGAUCUCAAAAUUUCAAGGACUUGAUCUACAAAGGCGCAUCGCCCAAUGGGAGCUGUAAAUUUGCUUCUGUCUCUUUGUACUACGAGAAAGAGGACAUGGAAAUGUCGAUUUUCUGUAGAAGGUACCGCGAUAUUCAAGGCUUUCAUAGGGUUUUAUCAUCUGGUGCAACUGAAUAUUCGAUCAACAGAAAAGUAUUGAGCUACUCGGAAUACAGCUCUGUUUUGGAAUCCGAGAACAUCCUGAUAAGGGCCAAGAACUUUCUCGUCUUCCAGGGAGAUAUUGAGUCGAUUUCUUCAAAGUCACCCAAGGAGCUCACUAAACUCUUUGAGCAAAUCAGCGGCUCCGAUCCUCUGAAGGGCGAUUAUGAAGUGUAUAAAGCGGCUGUGGAUUCUGCACUGGAGACAUCGAAUUUAGCGGCAAACCAAAGGAAGCUUGCUGCCUCCGAAUACCGAGUUGCAAAGGAGCAGAAAUCAGAGCAUUCCAAGUACGACAAUCUUUUAUUGCAAAAGGAUGCUUUGAUUAAGCAACAGGCCCUACUCUCCCUGUUUAAAAUAGAGUCGUACAUCAAGGCAAACGUGGAUAAGCUUACGGCGCUCAGACUCGAAAAGGAGUCAUCAGAGUCAUCCCUGGCUUCUGAAAACGAAAACUUGACCCACUUAAAGGCAAGGAUUUCUGAGCUAAAUUUGCAAACCUUAAGUGUUGAAAGUGAUCUUGCCUCAGUAAAGUCAACGAUGGAAAAAAAUGACCACAAAUCAAGCCAGAUCUGUGCAAAAGCUAAAUCCGACGCUAAAAAGUGUGCUUCUUUAGAGCAAACCUUGGCAUCAAUUGCCGAGGAUAUCCAGAAAUCGGAACAAACAAUUGUUCGUCUGCAUGUAGAAAAAGACAGAUUGCAAUCGGUUCUUUUAGCGCUGGAAGAGACUGCCAAUUUUGAGCCGAAAGAUCGACGAUUGUUAGCGGAAUACCAGUCAAUGUAUGUCUGGAACACUGUAUUAAUUCUUUCUAGAAAGGAAAAAGUUGAACGCGAGCUAAAAAAGGAAAUGCUCGAACUAGAAGAAUUGAAAUCACAGAGAAUUCCAUAUGACGAGCAGCUGGAACGUAGUAAAAGGAACAUUGGGCAAAUGGAGUUGACCCUGGAAACAUAUCAAACUAAACAAGAAAAGGCCGUCUCUUUUUUGAAGCAGGCUGAAAAGGCUUUAAGCGAAUCGACGGAUAAAGGAAAUUCAAUCAAAAAUGAGCUGCAAACCAUGGAGACGGAGAGAAUCCGGCUUUUGGAACGAGAGUCGGCCCUCACCAGCGAAUUGAGAACCACGCUGCAAAAUAUGCUAAGUCUUAACAUUCACAAGCAGACCUCGGAAAGACAAAAAAGAUCAAAAAAGUUGUUGUUUCCUGGCGUUCGUGGGAAGCUGAUUGACCUUUGUAGGCCUGUUCACAAGCGAUUUGAAGAUGCUCUUGGCAUCAUUUUAAGCAAGAAUGCAAAUUCAAUUGUCGUGGAGAGGGCUUCCGUUGCUAGAGAUUGUAUUAAUUUCCUGAAAGACCAAAGAGCUCCUCCGAUGACAUUCAUCCCAAUUGACUCGAUCUCUUCAAAGCCCGUUCCAGAGGUAGUUAAGGGCCUUUUUUCGCAUGCAAAUCCACUGAUUCGAAAUGGAUUGAAAAUAGCCAUUGAUGUGAUCCACAUGGAGACAAAAGACCUGUACCCUGCAUUCAUGUAUGCCCUUGGAAAUACCAUAGUUUGCGACACCUUGGACAUUGCAAGAAAAAUAUGCUACGAAAUGAAAAUCAAGACUAAAGGUAGGCUUUUCUGGUUGGCUGAUCAACCCCGUUGGCAACUAUCCGAAUAUGAUGCACUAAACAUGCAAAAAGAUGAGCUUACAGCCGAGCUGUAUCAAGUUCAAUCUGAGCUCAAUAAUUUGAAAGACAAAAACAGUCUCGUGCUGAAGCUUUACGAGAUUGAGAAGUACGCCCAAAGUUGCAGGGCCGAAAUUAUCACCAUACAAAAAGAUGUGGAAAGUAUUUUUGCCGCAAUUGAAGAAACAAAAAGGCUGCUCGCCAACACUCAAAGGUCUCUGGACGAGUCUGGAUUGGAUGCAAGAAUAGCCGUUUUAGAGCAAACGGUUGACAAAUACAGAGCCAAGGCCUUUUCGGAGUUUUGUAAAGCCUGCAAUGUCACCGAUCUUGAUAUAUUUGAAAGGGACAAUCUUGAGGAGGCACAAAAGAUUUCAUAUGAAGGCAAAAGCAAGUCCAUGCUCUCCGCCAAAGUCUCCGACAUUGUUGAGCAAAUCUCGGUCUCUAAAGCAGCGAUUGAGUCUUCUUCCACUUGUCUUUCAGAACUAAAUGCAAGCAAAGACUUGUUGGCAUCGGAGAUCAAAAGCUAUGAAGAAACGCUUUCUUCAAACAAGAAUCAAUUGCGGCUUUUUAAUUCCGAGCUCGGCCAGUUACGGAGGAAAAUUGAGCUUUUCAAGCAAGCCAUACAAAGCUCCAACGACUUCAUUUUUACAGAGUUUUUGCAAGACAAGUAUGAUGCUCUUAGGAUGUGUCAUUUGGACAACAUCGACAUAUCUUUGAUCCUAUCACAAAAAGGCAAGAGACAGGCAAAGAAGAGCGCAACCUUAUCCGAUCAUUUGGGAAGCUUUUUCGAUGAUGACUCAACGUCAAAGAUUCUUAUGGACGAAGCGGCAAAGGUCAAGCUGAUCGAGCUUUUUUCUACCUUUGCUAUUGACUUUUCCCCUUUGCCUUUAAAUGAAAAUACCGAAUACGAUGUGGAGUCCGAAUCGAGGAUCAAGGAUUCACUUGCUGCUGUUAAUGACCAGCUGGAAUCAAUAAGACCCAAUCUGCAAGCAUCUCAUAAAUGGGAUGCCAUUGAGUCAAAAAUGAAGGCGGCCACUUCCUCUUAUGAUGAGGCUAGAAAUUCGUACCGAUCUGCCCUCUCUGAAUUUUACAAAAUUAAGCAGAAAAGAAUCGAUCUUUUCAAAAAGGCAUUUGACCACAUUUCUUCCAAGAUCGACCAGAUUUACAAGGAAUUGACCAUGGUGUCUGACUUGAAAAUUGGCGGUACUGCUUACCUUUCUUUAGAAAACAACGACGAGCCAUAUUUGGAGGGCAUUCGAUUUAAUGCCAUGCCUCCUUUGAAGAGAUUCCGUGAUAUGGAGCAGCUCUCCGGUGGCGAGAAAUCUAUGGCCGCUCUUGCCCUGAUAUUUGCUAUCCAAAGGUAG